GAGCUUGUGUAUCGGCGGGACCUCGCUACUCCAUCCUCCAAUUGCUACUGCGCAGAAACUGUCUCCAAAUGCAUAAGAUGGCGGCGUACUUAUGGAUAAUUGGGCUUCAUUUCUGGAUAGUGGGAGGAAGUGGAGACGUGUUGUACAUCUUUAUAUACAGACUAAGACACGCAGCUUUCAUGAGACACAAUUCUGACAGAGACAGUAUCAUACAUAAGACCACAAAUUCUGCUUCAUAAGCUCCCUGAACAGGUGUUUGGACGCAGACUUAUGUGAAUGACUUCAAAGCAGUGUGGUGGAUCUCUGAAAAUAAAGAUCCCACAACCCACCUGUCUUUGUAUAUUUUAUUAUAAGAAGCUUCAAACCUUUGCAAAGGGGUCAAUACAGAGACAGAGUCCCCCACAAUCUUUCUCUCUGUGAGAAGUUUUUUAUGGUCUGGUUAUCUGGUGGGAAGAAGAUGAAUACCAGAUGUCCUAAGCAUUGAUAAGGUCUGCUGCUUUACAAUGAUUUAACGAUUGUUUUGCACUUACAAGGUGUUAAUCAACUUUAUGGCAGCACCAUGCAGUCUCUCACUCUUAAGUAAGCAGAAAGAGAACAAGACACCAUAGAUUCCAUUAUAUAGCAUAAAAUGGUCCAAUGGAUUUCUGUGUAGCUGACCGUUAAUAGCAUGGUUUACCUGUUGCCUGACAGUGAAACAACCAAUCACAGCUGCGUAGAGUUUUGUAAAAUAAAUUAGUGUUUUCUGAAAUAUUGUUGGUUUUUGUGAAAUAUUUUGAUUUAUGAAAUAUUGCCCUGUUUGUGACCUUCCGGGCCACCAUAACAAGUUUGUCUGUUUCAACAGUAGCAGACGUGCAUGUGUCCCACUGUCCUUGAACGCAGCAGAGGCUGGAGCUCCAUGCAGGCUGCACUACAUCCUCUCAGUUGAUUUGUCUGUGUCUGUGAGAGAACAUCUGAAACUUAAUUUCAGAGAAGUGGAUCUAUCAUGACUGCCAGGAUCCAGGGACCAGUGAGCCGGGACAAACCUGUGCCAAAGAGCCGAGCUACAGAGAUGACGGCGAGGGUCAGGAGGGCUCUGUUGCUGGUGGGGGGCAUGCUCAGUCUGUCCCUGCUGGUGGUGGUGCUGGGAGUCUACACGACCACCCGAACAGAGAGCCUGAACGUGACCGGCUACAUCUCUGGAGUCAUUCUGACCCUUGGAUCCUUCUUGGGACUUCUGGGGCUCUGCCUGGAAGAAAACCGCAAGCAGCUGCUGACGGCUGCGAUCGUAUUCCUCAGCUUUGGGAUCAUCGCUGCUUUUCUGUGCCUGGUGAUUGAUGGCGUUUGUACUGUCUUAAACAUGGACAUGCGUCCACUCAGAGCAGGGAGAUGUCAGUACUACAGCAGCGGCAGCAGCUACAUCUAUGAGAAUUUCUACACCUCAGUUUCAUGUUGGAAUCUGAAGGAGUCUUGUACCAUGACAGUAAGAAGUGGGACCUGCUACUGCUGCGACCUGUACGACUGCGCCAAUGGAGGUUUCCUCAGCAACUACUACGAGUUUGUUGGAGUCCAGAGCUGCGAGGAAGUUUUCACUCUCUACAUUUUGAUUUGGAUCCUCACCGGUCUGAACCUCGUGGCGCUCUUCACAGGGAUCCUGAUCACAGCGGUGCUCGGCAGCAUCAAGGAUCUGAGGAGUAGCAGCACUCUGACCGAGUCCCCUGAAGGCACCGCGACUUCCCCAACAGCUCCUGGACUGAUGAACACCAACACACACACAGUUCCGCAGCUCUACCCAGAAGUCUCGAUGUAUUUCCCUCCUGCAGAAAAAGCACCUGCGUCACAGAGUUUUCCUUCAUCAUCGACAUCUCACUCGGAGUCGAGUCCUCCUCCCUUCGCCCCUCUGACCAACCUGCUGCCGUUCAGAGCCCAAGGCUUCUCGGCCUGAACUCUACCAGCAGAAAAUAACUGAAAAACAUCUAGAAAGGGAUAAACAGAUGCUUCAUUAUUAUCAUUACUAAUUACUAUAUAUUUUUUUAAUUUUAACUGAAAGAAAGAUACCCUGGUCUGAAUAUUAUGUACGAAUACAAUAUGAAGAUUUUUUUGUUGUAAGGAUCCAAAAGCAGACAUGAGACAUUUCAUGUAAAGUGCCACUGCCACUUUCAAAUGUAUGCACGGUUUAUAUCAUAUUUUACUUUAUUUUGCUCAAAAACGUUAAGGUCUUAUGUUGUACAAUGUUUUUAAAUGAAAUAUUGUGUGGCAAAAAUGUGAUUUAUCAAUGGCAGCAUGUGCACAAGACGGCGUUUGGGCUGUAACUCAAACUUAAAGAAGAAUUAUAAUCUUACAGGGACAUAAAGGAAAUAAAAUAAAAAUAUUAAUAGUCUAGUGUUUUCAUACAGCCACAUUGAGCCCAACACAUGAUUCAUAAUGAUUUGGGUUUAAUUUAGAUUUAUUUCCAAUGAGACACGUGAUUUACACAUGGACUCGUUUAUUUUACUUCCU